UGAUUGGAUUCCGAUUCCGAAGACCGUAUUUUCAUACGAUGUACCGAGUGUCACGUGUCAACUUUUCCUCUCAUCCUGCCAAAUUUCUAUUUUCUGUUGCUAAUUUUCUUGGGCGAAUUUUCUGUUGCCAUUUUAUCAUUACAAUAUAACACAAUUCCCGCUGUUAAUCAUGUAUCUGCAACAUGUCUAAUUUCACUUCUCCAUCCUAAAUCUCUCGGAUCUUUGCAGAAUUCCCCUCAUUUUUGUUUCGCUCCCGCUCAUGUUCCAUCUCUUCUUUUCCUUUAAGAUCACCUGCACCGUUCACCCAAAAGAUCUGAUCUAGGGUUCUCACUUAAUCGGCAGCUCCCAAUCUGACUAUUUCAAGAGCAUUUCUUUUGUUUUGAUAUAUAAUAUUGAUUGAUACGUACAAUCUCGAUUCAGACGCAUUCAAAUUCAACUGAAAAUUAAUCCUGGAUUCGGAUUGAUCUCUAUGCCGCUUGGUGGUUUGGUUUGUGAUUGUGAAUGAGAAAAUAGGGAUUUGUUUUCAUGACCAUGGAAGUCGUUAAUGAUUUGGCGUCCUUGGACGUUGAGUUGUUGCAGCUCCAAGACGUGUCUGCUCUGGCCCUCAAGUCUAACCUGAAUUUUGUUGAAAAGCUCUUCGAGCAGUGGCUGUCGUUUCCUGAAAGCAAUCGAGUGGUAACAUCAUUGUUGAAUGACGCAAAGUCAGGUGUUCCCCUUAAUGUCCCUGGGAAUUGCUCCAGUCCAAAUGCUGCAAGCAGUCCUUUGCCGUCCAUGUUUCCUGCUGGCACUGCACCUCCUCUUUCACCAAGAAGUUCUUCUGGUUCCCCUCGCAUAGUGAAACAGAGAGUUGGUCCUUCUAAUUUGAGCUCUCCUUUGAAAGUUGUCAGUGAACCGCCUAAAGAAUUGAUACGUCAGUUUUACUUUCAAAAUGGGCGUCCACCACCAAAUGAACUGAGGGAACAAUUCUUGUUUAGAGUGGAUCAGUUAUUUUAUGGUCACUUGGAUGGACUGCAGAUGCAUGAAUUCAAAUCGGCUACCAAGGAAAUCUGCAAGCUGCCAUCUUUCUUUUCCUCAUCUCUUUUCAGAAAAAUUGAUUCCAAUGGAACUGGUUUGGUGACAAGGGAUGCAUUUGUUGAUUACUGGAUCAAUAACAGCAUGUUGACGGCAGAUAUAGCAACUCAAGUAUACAAAAUUUUAAAGCAACCAGAUCUCAACUACCUCACACAGGAUGAUUUCAAACCUGUGCUUCGUGAGCUUUUGGCUACUCAUCCAGGGCUGGAGUUCCUGCAGAGUACUCCCGAGUUUCAAGAGAGAUAUGCUGAAACUGUUAUAUAUAGAAUAUAUUACUACACAAAUAGAUCCGGGAAUGGCCAUCUUACCCUGAGGGAGCUGAAGCGCAGUAACAUAAUUGAUGCAAUGCAGCAUGCAGAUGAAGAAGAAGACAUCAACAAGGUUUUGAGGUACUUCUCCUAUGAACAUUUCUAUGUUAUAUACUGCAAGUUUUGGGAGCUGGAUACAGAUCACGAUUUCUUGAUAGACAAGGAGAACCUUAUCAGAUAUGGUAACCACGCGCUUACCUACCGUAUUGUCGAUAGAAUAUUUUCUCAGGUUCCGAGAAAGUUUACUAGCAAGGUUGAGGGAAAGAUGGGAUAUGAAGAUUUUGUUUACUUCAUUCUGUCCGAGGAGGAUAAAUCAUCUGAGCCUAGUCUUGAGUAUUGGUUCAAGUGCAUAGAUUUGGAUGGGAAUGGAGUUCUGACGCGGAAUGAGCUGCAAUUUUUUUAUGAGGAGCAACUGCACCGGAUGGAGUGCAUGGCCCAAGAGCCCGUGUUUUUUGAGGAUAUACUAUGCCAGAUUAUUGAUAUGAUUGGGACUGAGAAUGAGAGCUAUAUAACUCUACGUGACCUUAAAGGCAGUAAGCUCUCAGGAAGUGUUUUCAAUAUCCUGUUUAAUCUGAACAAGUUCAUGGCCUUUGAAACGCGGGACCCAUUUUUGAUUCGUCAGCAACGUGAGAAUCCAUCAUUGACAGAGUGGGAUCGCUUUGCUCAUAGAGAAUACAUCAGGCUUUCUAUGGAAGAAGAUGUAGAAGAUGUCUCUAAUGGAAGUGCGGAAGUCUGGGACGAAUCACUUGAGGCUCCCUUCUGAGACACUACUAGGGGUUGAAAAGAAAUGAACGCCCAGCACUCAAGGAGUGGCCAUUUUUCAGAGACGCUGGACUAAGGAUCAGCUUGGAUCUUGCUAACCCUGCCCAGAAGAUGGAAACUCUGAGCUUCACUAUGAAACAUGUUAUUAAUGGGCAAGCAGCAACGCAGCUAUAUUUUGAUCUAGUUCUGGUAGUGAAAAGCAUGAGGCCGUUAUCACGCAAGUGUUAUUGCCUCGUUCCAAUGCACAUGCAAGCCAGGUCGAUUUUACUGAUAUUAUUGGGUACGCUCUUUAUUUGGGGCAUCCAAGUUGUUAUAGUUUAUCUGUAGAAAGAUGUUUUUCCCUCCACUAAAUAUCAAACGGUUGAAAGUUUUGCUCA